CUGCUAGUCGGAAAUCGUCAGAAACGAUCGUGAUUGCGUUACGUCCGUGAUAGCCUCAGGUAGUUUUACCUUCAGCAAGGAAUAGAGAAAGUUUGUGAUUUAAUUGAAGAAUAAACAUGAAGAGUGUGAUAGUCUUGUUGUUACUGGCAGUUCUUGCCAUAGGACAGGCUAUUUCCUUCAACAAGAUUUUGGAUGCAGAAUGGUUCAUUUUUAAGACACAUCAUAAAAAAGUCUACAAAUCUUCGGUUGAGGAGGGAUAUAGAAUGAAAAUCUUCUUGGAUAACAAGCGCAAAAUUGUUGAACACAAUCGCAAAUAUGAGCUGAAUGAAGUUCCCUAUAAAUUGGGAAUGAACAAAUACGGUGAUAUGUUGCAUCAUGAAUUUGUCAAUACUUUGAAUGGUUUCAAUAAGUCAACAAAGGCUCAAAAGCAAUUUAUGGGAGCGACAUUUAUCUCGCCAGCUAAUGUUGAAUUACCAAGAGAAGUCGAUUGGAGGAAACACGGUGCUGUUACAGAAGUUAAGGAUCAAGGACAUUGUGGCUCAUGCUGGGCAUUCUCUACUACUGGAGCUUUGGAAGGACAACAUUUCAGACAAAUCGGUAUUUUAAUAUCACUUAGUGAGCAAAAUCUGAUUGAUUGUUCUGGCCAGUAUGGCAACGAAGGAUGCAAUGGUGGUUUGAUGGAUAAUGCAUUUAAAUAUGUCAGAGAUAACAAAGGGCUUGAUACCGAAAAGAGUUAUCCAUAUGAAGCGGAGAAUGACAAGUGCAGAUACAAUCCGAAAAAUAGUGGCGCUACUGAUGUCGGCUUCGUAGAUAUUCCAAAAGGAAAUGAGAAGAAGUUAAAGGCUGCAGUUGCCACUAUAGGUCCGGUCUCGGUUGCUAUUGAUGCCUCUCAUGAAUCUUUCCAGCUUUAUAGUAAAGGAGUGUAUUUUGAGCCUAGUUGCAAUUCAGAAAAUUUAGAUCAUGGUGUGCUGAUCGUCGGCUAUGGUACAGACGCAAAAACCGGUCAUGAUUAUUGGCUGGUAAAGAAUAGUUGGGGCGAAACAUGGGGUGAAAAUGGUUACAUCAAAAUGGCCAGAAACAAGAACAAUCUUUGUGGUAUAGCAAGCAGUGCCAGCUAUCCUCUCGUUUAACUGCCGUUGAUAACUAACUUUUUAGUUGUGAUACUAAUUUAGACAUGACAACUAUGAGAGGCCUAAUAAAGUUUUAUGAAUUUUAGAAUAAA